CUUCAUAUCAAUUGAUCUCUUGUUUUUUUGUGCUUAACGACAAAAGUCGUUUUCAAAAGUUGAAUUGAAUAGUAAUUAAGUAGCUAGCAUGUGAUUUGUAGAUGAAAGUUCUUGAUCUCCAUUGUUUUCCACUUCCUGUUUUUCAAUCUAAUGAUGAACAUACACAUUUAUGCAUGUAUGUAUGUAAUUAUUCUCCUGCAUGCGUGAAUGUAGUUACUAGAAGAUGGCAGACGGUGAAGAUAUCCAGCCUCUUGUCUGCGACAAUGGAACUGGAAUGGUUAAGGCUGGAUUCGCUGGAGAUGAUGCCCCAAGAGCAGUUUUCCCUAGCAUUGUUGGGCGUCCACGUCACACAGGAGUGAUGGUUGGCAUGGGACAAAAGGAUGCUUAUGUAGGAGACGAAGCUCAAUCAAAAAGAGGUAUUCUUACUUUGAAAUACCCAAUCGAGCAUGGUAUUGUCAAUAACUGGGACGACAUGGAAAAGAUCUGGCAUCACACUUUCUACAAUGAACUCCGUGUCGCUCCAGAAGAACACCCCGUUCUCCUUACAGAAGCUCCUCUUAAUCCAAAAGCCAAUCGUGAAAAGAUGACACAAAUCAUGUUCGAAACCUUCAAUUCCCCUGCUAUGUAUGUCGCAAUUCAAGCUGUUCUCUCAUUGUAUGCUAGUGGUCGUACAACUGGUAUUGUGUUGGACUCCGGUGAUGGUGUGAGUCAUACUGUUCCGAUCUACGAAGGUUACGCACUCCCACACGCCAUCCUCCGUUUGGAUCUCGCCGGACGUGACCUCACCGACGCCCUGAUGAAAAUUCUGACUGAAAGAGGUUACUCAUUCACCACGUCUGCUGAACGAGAAAUUGUGAGAGACAUGAAAGAGAAAUUGGCAUAUAUCGCGCUUGAUUUUGAACAGGAACUGGAGACUUCGAAAACUAGCUCUUCAGUCGAAAAGAGCUUCGAGCUGCCCGACGGGCAGGUGAUCACUAUUGGGGCAGAGCGGUUCAGGUGCCCGGAAGUCCUUUUCCAGCCAUCGAUGAUCGGAAUGGAAGCUGCGGGUAUUCAUGAGACGACUUAUAACUCUAUAAUGAAGUGUGACGUGGAUAUUAGGAAGGAUUUGUAUGGAAACAUCGUACUUAGUGGUGGUACUACUAUGUUCCCGGGCAUUGCUGAUCGAAUGAGUAAGGAAAUUACUGCCCUUGCCCCUAGCAGCAUGAAGAUUAAGGUCGUAGCUCCACCCGAAAGGAAAUACAGUGUCUGGAUCGGAGGCUCCAUUUUGGCAUCUCUCAGCACCUUCCAGCAGAUGUGGAUUGCGAAGGCUGAAUAUGAUGAGUCUGGACCCUCUAUUGUCCACAGGAAAUGUUUCUAAUUGCAAGAAGAAAAAUAGUUAUUUUUUUAAUUGUGGCCUUUUGGGGUUCGGAAAUUCUAUUUUCUUAUAUUGUCUACGGAUAAGAUUUUCAUCAAGAGUACGGGCUUCGGCAGGCAGGUUUAUGCUACAAUUUUUUUCGUCUUCUUUUUUA